AGGCCUUGAGGGGCCAACAACUCCUCACAGAGCUGCUCUGUGCCUUGGUCCCUGUAGGACUUGCUCCCACAGCCACCGGGGAGCCACUGUUCCCACAGUUAAUGCCUACUACCACCCAGCUUCUCAGGGCAGGCGGCUGUUGCCAUCAGCUGUCCCCAGGGGCAGGGCCUUCGCAACUUUUGUACUUUGAUCAAGAUGUGGUAACCUCUUUCCCUGGGCUCCAUAAGCCCUAGAAAGGGAGGCUGGUUCUAGCAGGACCAGCUCAACCACCUCCUCAGUGCCCGGAGCCUGCUGGAAAGAGAUUAUCCUCUCACUUCUGGAGAAGAUGCAGACCCAGGAGAUCCUGAGGAUCCUGCGACUGCCCGAGCUGGGGGACUUGGGCCAGUUUUUCCGCAGCCUCUCAGCCACCACCCUCGUGAGCAUGGGUGCUCUGGCUGCCAUCCUCGCCUACUGGCUCACUCACCGGCCGAAGGCUUUGCAGCCGCCAUGCAACCUCCUGAUGCAGUCAGAAGAAGUGGAGGACAGCGGUGGAGCUCGGCGAUCUGUGAUUGGGGGGAGCACUCAGUUGCUUACCCACUACUACGAUGAUGCCCGGACAAUGUACCAGGUGUUCCGCCGUGGGCUUAGCAUCUCAGGGAAUGGGCCCUGUCUUGGCUUCCGGAAGCCACAUCAGCCUUACCAGUGGCUUUCCUACCAAGAGGUGGCCAACAGGGCUGAAUUUCUGGGGUCAGGACUCCUCCAGCAUGAAUGUAAAGUGGGCACAGAGCAGUUCAUUGGUGUUUUUGCACAGAAUCGGCCAGAGUGGAUCAUUGCAGAGCUGGCCUGCUACACGUAUUCCAUGGUGGUGGUCCCACUCUAUGACACCCUGGGCCCAGGAGCUAUUCGAUACAUCAUCAAUACAGCGGACAUCUGCACGGUGAUCGUGGAUAAACCUCAGAAGGCCAUACUUCUGCUGGAGCACGUGGAGAGGAAGGAGACUCCGGGACUCAAGCUGAUCAUCCUCAUGGAGCCAUUUGAUGAUGCCCUGAAAGAGAGAGGACAGAAGUGUGGGGUGAACAUCAAGUCUAUGCAGGCCGUAGAGGACUGUGGCCAAGAGAAUCACAAGGCCCCCGUGCCCCCACGGCCUGAUGACCUCUCUAUCGUGUGUUUCACGAGUGGUACAACAGGGAACCCCAAAGGUGCGAUGCUCACCCAUGGGAACGUGGUGGCUGAUUUCUCGGGCUUUCUGAAAGUGACAGAGAGUCAGUGGGCCCCCACUCGUGCGGAUGUGCACUUUUCCUAUUUGCCUUUAGCCCACAUGUUUGAGCGAAUGGUGCAGUCUGUUGUCUACUGCCAUGGAGGCCGCGUGGGCUUUUUCCAGGGAGACAUCCGCCUCCUCUCAGAGGACAUGAAGGCUCUCCACCCCACCAUCUUUCCUGUGGUCCCACGGCUGCUGAAUCGGAUGUAUGACAAGAUCUUCCACCAGGCAGACACUUCACUAAAGCGGUGGCUCCUGGAGUUCGCAGCGAAGAGAAAGCAGGCCGAGGUCCGGAGUGGAAUCAUCAGGAACAACAGUAUCUGGGAUGAACUCUUCUUCAGUAAGAUCCAGGCCAGUCUUGGUGGGCACGUGAGGAUGAUUGUUACUGGAGCAGCCCCCGCAUCGCCAACAGUCCUGGGGUUCCUACGAGCAGCUCUGGGGUGCCAGGUCUAUGAAGGUUAUGGGCAAACUGAAUGCACAGCUGGAUGUACCUUCACAACGCCAGGAGACUGGACCUCAGGGCACGUAGGGGCACCUCUGCCUUGCAAUCACAUCAAGCUGGUUGAUGCAGAGGAACUCAACUACUGGACCAGCAAAGGAGAGGGAGAGAUAUGUGUGAAAGGCCCAAAUGUGUUCAAAGGCUACUUAAAAGAUGAGGACAGGACAAAGGAGGCCCUGGACAGCGACGGCUGGCUUCACACUGGGGACAUUGGGAAAUGGCUGCCGGAGGGAACGCUUAAAAUCAUCGAUCGGAAAAAGCACAUAUUUAAACUUGCUCAGGGGGAAUACGUUGCACCAGAGAAGAUUGAGAACAUCUACAUCCGGAGUGAGCCUGUGGCACAAAUCUAUGUCCAUGGGGACAGCUUAAAGGCCUUUUUGGUUGGCAUUGUCGUGCCUGACCCUGAAGUCAUGCCUGCCUGGGCUCAUAAGAAAGGAAUCAGAGGGACCUAUCAGGAGCUUUGCGCAAAUCAGGAGCUGAAGAAAGCCAUUCUGGAUGACAUGGUGGCAUUGGGGAAGAAAAGUGGACUCCAUUCCUUUGAACAGGUUAAAGCCAUUUACAUCCAUUGUGACAUGUUCUCAGUUCAAAACGGUUUGCUGACACCAACACUAAAGGCUAAGAGACCCGAGCUGAGAGAGUACUUCAAAAAACAAAUAGAAGAGCUUUACUCGGUCUCCAUGUGAAGCCCCAGGGGGGCUCUUCUCAGUCCAGUGAACUUUGCAGCAAUAGUAUGGUCAUUCUUGAAAGAGAGGAAUCAGAGUGACACAGCCGAUAAGGAACGAGCACCCGAUCUUGCGACUGAGCCUUUCCUGACCCGUGAAGUCUCUAACAAUAUUUUCUCUACCAUCACCAAGUAUACUUUAUUUUUAUUAAAUGAUAUUGUAGCAAGCUGCUAAAAAAAUAUCGCAAAUGGCAAUGUAAAAACAAAUCAAGACACUUUCUCAAGAACUGUGUACCACUAAAAGUAAUAUAUUCGCAAUGUUCACAGAAUUCCAUUAAACAUAAAGGAAAAAAGUAACUGA